AUGUUGCGUCACGUUUCUCGCCAUCCUACCUCCUGGCAGCGUGUGGUGGGCCUCCAGUCCCUCCUGUCCACUACAGCUGCUGGCCGGUGGCCGGCUCUGAGCCACAGGGUUCAAGAUAUUCCCCAUCAGAGCCACACCAAACAGCAGCUGGAACCCUGUCAGGUCAAGAUGAGGGUAACCCCACUGCUUGUUCUCACAUUGUCAGGAAUGUCUGCUCUACCUGCUGACUUAUUUAGAGAAUACCACUAUGUGGACAUCCCAAAGACAUGGGCUGACGCUCAGAGGUAUUGCAGAGACGUGUAUGUGGACCUGGCCACAGUCCAGAGUCCAGCUGAGCACAAGAGGCUGAUGGGCAUAGUCCAGCCCAGUGGAAAACAGGCAUGGAUUGGACUGAGCGAUAACCUGAUUAGCUGGAAGUGGACCCAUGGAAAUGUCAAAUUCAACAACAGUGCAGAUUACAGCAACUGGAAACCUGGCCAGCCGGACAACAAGGACUCCAAUGAGAGCUGCGUGGUGAUGCAGCACGACGGCCUUUGGCGUGAUGAAAACUGUCUGACCGAUCGUCCUUCAGUCUGCUUUGAUGGAACAAAAUCAAAGCAUAUUUUAGUUGACACUUUCAUGACGUGGAAUGAGUCCAAAACCAUGUGUAGGUCCGUCUACACUGAUCUCGCCCGGGUGAGGAGCUUUGAUGAGAAUGAGAAAAUCCACCCACUGCUGUCACGAAAUGCCUGGAUCGGUCUGUACAGAAGGAAAUGGGCCCAGUGGUCUGACCAGACCCCCAGAAGGUUCAGGAACUGGGAUGUGGGCCAGCCUGACAACAGUGGAGGCACGAUGAGGUCAUGCGCCGCAGUCCACACGUCCACGGGGAAGUGGUGGGACUCUGCCUGUGAGGAGAAGCUGGAGUUCAUCUGCCAGACUCUGCUCCCACCCAGGAGCAGGUUCCAGCUGCGCGUCCAGUCUGAGGCUGACCUGAGCCAGCCCGCCGUCCAGCAGCAGCUUCUGGAGCAGCUGCGUGCUGAGCUGGGGGCCCGCGGCCUCACAGACCCCCGCCUGCGCUGGGUCCAGACCGACGGGAGGACUUUUCACCCGGAAACUGGGAGGAAAGCGGGGCCAGGAAACUGAGCACGAUGGAAGUCUUCAUUGUUAAAAAUCACAAACAUUUCAUUUUUCAUGUGAUUCAGUGCUUCUGACUUCUGUAAUUACAUAUUUCCAUCACUGUUACUGUGAGUCUGGUAAUAAUCUUAUUGUCAUGGUGAAUAGAUUAUAUGCUUUAUUGCUUUAAGAAUUUAAAAUCUGAUGUUUACCGUUGAAAUACAUGAAAAAAUGUCUACAUGUGAAGUUUUAA